AUGCUAUUGAUCACUGUCUCACCACAACUGGACUCCCUUGCUCUCUACACUUUUGCACAAUUUGACCAAGAGACAGAGGACCGUGGUCUCCUAGCAUUGCUACGUUGGGUGUAUCAAAAUCCAACUUCAGUACCUUACCUGCAGAACCUGCGCAAAGUGAUAUUCCUCCCUGAUGAGAAUGAUCUGGUUAAUGAUGGAUUCCACUAUAUUGAAGCGUCUUAUUAUCACCGACUCAAUUUUAUCCGACGACUCCCUGCACUUCAGUCUGUCUCUUUUGUGCUGGCCACAUGGAACAACGAGGCUGCUUCACCCACUCAAACAUUGUCAGAAGCGGACUUAUGCUAUAUUAUUGAUUCUGCAAAGAUACCGCGCAAGUUUACAUGUACUAUUGGUGGUCGUGCAAUAAGAGGAGGGGAGAAAUAUAUCAUGAGUAUUUCCAUGCUCAUUCGAUGUUCAUGGAGGCAUCGCCAUACCUUGGAGGAACUUGACCUUGAUAUGGAAGAUAAUGUUGCCUGGGGUGAGCUCUAUGGUGAGGCUGGCUUGGAGGUAUUCCCACCACCAAGCUAUGCAGAAUUUCAUGAUAGUGAAAAUGAGGCAGAGAUGGAAUACAAAGAGGAAUGGGAGAUACAAUAG